GUGAAACAGUGACAGUAAGUAGCAGAACAGCCAUGGCUACUCCAUCUCCAUCUCUCUCCCUACUAACAUUCUUCCCCUCAAAAAUCUACAGGCCGAAACCCUACGUUCCACUCUACAUACACAACUCAUCUUCACCUCCCAACUCCCCCAUCUCCUUCCUCCCCUCUCCUAUCCAGAAAAAACCAUUCAACUUCCGCACCCAACAAACCCUAAGAGUCUCCCAUUUCUGGAGAAUCAGCGCAGCUGCAGAAGAUGUUUUGCCGCCAGAAUCCACCGCAACACUCGAGAGUUCUCAAGAGAUUGUUUCUACCACAGGCGAUGAUGGUGUCUCCGCGGUCAUCUCAGUUCUUCUAUUCGCUGCAUUCGUCGCUCUCUCUAUUCUUACGAUAGGGGUGAUCUACAUAGGAGUGACUGAUUAUUUGCAGAAGAGGGAGAGGGAAAAGCUUGAUAAGGAAGAAGCAGAGAAGAAGAAGAAGAAGAGUGGGAAGAAAGGGAAAGUAAGAGCCAGAGCUGGACCAAGGGGAUUCGGGCAGAAAGUUGAUGACUUUGAUGAUGAAUUAUGAUGUAAUUAGACUGAAAAAUCUUCCAUGUUUGACCAAUUUAAGCUUUUUUUAUGGCUUUGUAAUGUUUCGGUUUUGUUUCUGUGUUUUCUCGUUGAAGAAAUCAUUUUUAUACAUUAGUUCAAUCAUUGGGAGAUUGGCUCUCCCUAAUCUUGUUUUAUUUU